CGCAUUGUUUAUUGCACAGCACGGCAUACUAUAUACGAAAGUAGAAGUUGAUAGUUUACACAAUCCCGUCGUCGCUGGGUGAUUACUGCUGUACAGUUCCCCAUUUGACCACGCAUUGUGUCUGCGCGAAAUGUCGGGCAGCAAGUCGCGGUUUCGCGGCAUCUCCCUCACGCUGGGCAGGAAGAAGAAAAGGAGCGGGGACGAGAGAUACGCUGACCUGCACAGAGACAGCGUCGCCGACCAGAACGGCUACCAUCUGACGGCUCCCAAUGGGUUUGUGAAUGGAAUGGGGGACGAGUCGGAACAGAACGAGGACGAUGCUUAUCCGGAGGAGGGCCCACUCUUCUCGGGAGCUCAGAGCCUGCGCAGAAUACCCAACUCCAGAUCACCACUGAUCUUUGGUGUAUUAUACCGAGAAGUUUUAAUGGCGCUACUUUUACAUUGCCAUGGUGUUGUAUAAAAAAGACUCUCUGCAUACAAGUGUGCAUACGUAUGUUGACAACCGAGACUAUUAGUGCAUACAUGUGUGUAUGUUGUUACUUUUCCAUUGCUAGUGUUUCAAACUCAGUAUAAAAAGACUCUUUGCAUACAACUGUGCAUACGUAUGUUGACAACCGAGACUAUUAGUGCAUGCGUGUGUGUGUGUGUAUGUUGAAAACAAGUGCCGAUCGUUUUGAAAGCAGGUUGUAUUCCAAACAAAAGUGUCGGGACGAGUGGAAUCCUUAUCAAACACUUUUCAAUUUUAGACUGCGUCACACCAACAGUAGAAUGAUAACAUAUGGGGUAGCA